AUGGCGGAUUUCUUGCGAGGUCAUCACGCACGCAACCCCCCAAUCGGGGAGGUGCCGGUGCCUCAUGGACCCCAUAUGGCCGAGGAGGACCAACAAUACCCUCCGAGAGGCUCUACCGACUAUGCUACCGACCAGGAAAAGCAGAUCUUCUCCCACCUGACCCAUCCGGAUGACUCCUAUACUCCCGAAGGUGUCUACUGGGCUGACCUGCCCCUCGCCCAGCGCUUCGCCUUUGUCAGCGAAGUCGACCGAGCCGAAGCGAAGACCGAAGCCAAGACUGUCCUCGCCAUGAUGAAGGAGGACCCUCUCAGCCCCCUCGCCUGGUACUUCCGAAAUGCAAUCCUGCCAGGUGCUGGUCUUGGCCUGGAAGGCUACGUCCUCUUCUCCAUCGGCAAUCUCCAGCCAUUGUUCGAGGCUGCUUGGCCGACAUGCUGGCCCAAGACUGGCACUGAGUGCAGCCGUAACUGGGUGUAUUCUGUCACUUACCUGGAAAUCAUCGGCAUCAUGGUCGGUCAGGUUGGCGUGGGUAUCAUUGGCGACUGGAUAGGACGGCGAUGGGGUCUCAUUCAAGACGCUGUCGUCAUGCUCAUUGGUCUCAUCAUGCUCACGGGUUCUUGGGGCCUAACUCUACAGGGCUGGGUUAUCAUGUAUGCCUGGUCUCUGUUUGUAUACGGCAUGGGCGUCGGUGGCGAAUAUCCCAUCACGGCUACAUCGUCCAUGGAGAACGCCGUAUCCGCUGGCAAGCUAUCGACUAGAGAUGACCGGCUUCACCGUGGCCGAAAGGUUACCAUGGCCUUCUUGAUGCAAGGCUGGGGACAGUUCGUCAACCAGGUCGUGCUCAUCGUCCUCCUUUGCAUCUUCAACCGUGGCAGUGGCGGCGAGCCUCCCUACUCUAUCUCUGCCGCCCAGUUCACCUUCCGGCUAUCCUUUGCCUUUCCGGCCAUUGGAACCCUAUGGCUUACCUACUACCGAACCUGGAAAAUGAAGAAUUGCGGCAAACAACUCGACAAGGCCAAAAAGAAGGCCAAGGUUACAGGGUACGACGUGAAGUCGCUCAAGAUGACCUGCGGCAGCUUUGGUGGGCGGUUGUUUGCAACUGCUGGUACCUGGUUCUGCAAUGAUGUGUUCUUUUACGGCAACAAGCUGUUCCAAAGUCGGUUCAUCGGCAUCAUUUCCGACAACCCGAAAUCCCUCUUGACCAUCUGGUCCUGGAACUUGGUCAACGUCGUGGUCUCUCUGUGCGGAUACUACGCCGCAUCGCUCUUAAUCGACAAUAAACUGUACGGCAGAAAGAACAUGCAGCAGGUUGGCUUCUUCAUGUGCUUUCUCAUGUUUGUCAUUCCCGCUUUCAACUACGGUUACUACACCAGUGCGGCAGGAAUCCACGCCUUCCAGGCGAUGUACUUCCUAUCCUCCUUCUUCAACCAGUUCGGGCCGAACUCGGUCACGUUCCUGGUCGCCGGUGAAGUCUACCCCACCCAGGUCCGAGCCAGCGCCCACGGUUUCUCGGCCAUGAUCGGAAAGUCCGGCGCUCUUCUCGCCUCGGUCCUCUACAACUACAUUGGAGAUCAAACCAAGUUCUACGUGAUUCCAUGGUUUGGCCUCGCCGGUAUGCUGAUAACGUUUAUUUGGCUUCCCGACACCACCGGCCUGGAUCUGAAGGAGCAGGAGCGUCGGUGGUCGUAUAUCCUGCAGGGGCGGGAACACGAAUAUCACGGUAUUGCUGUCCACCCGCGCCAUCUCUCACUCUGGGAGCGCUGGACGGGUGUUGGAAAGAAUUACCACCCCGAACUGGAUACGAAGGCCAAGAUCCGAGAUCUUCGCUCAGACUGGGAAGAGCGUGAAGCAUCGCGGACCGCAAGCGAGGCCGAGUCGGCUUCUAUCGAUAACGACGACGAUGAGUUCAACCAGCAAAUCCACGACUACUUCAAGGGAAACCCCGUCUCCACGACCUCGAGCUUGCUGAAGGGUGAAAAGUCGAAGGGGAUUGAUAGCUCACCGUCGGCAUCUCAGAAAAGCAGAAGUGAUGCGACAGCAACGGAUCAGAUCUCAAACGAGAAAUCUUCCUAG